ACCUAAAACAAAACCUUUUGAUUUUGUUGCUAAACCCUCAAACCCCCAAUUCACUACUAAUUAUACUAAUUUUUUAGGUUUUUGUUUCUUCAUUUGUUGUUAUGGCAUUUGAUGACCGUGGCUUGGAUUCUAAUGGUUCCCAACUUAAAAGUAAUCAAGUAUUGGAGCUGAGGAAUCGAAACCUUUUACAGAGGAGACAACAAAGUCACAUUUGGUGUUGUUCUAAGUGGGGGGCUUAUUGUCUUUAUAUUCUUGAGAAAUCCUACUACUCUACCCUUUGGAGGUGCUUUGCUAGCGCUGAGCACCUUCAGCUUGAAGAUAUGGAGUCAAGGAAAAUCAAGUUUUCCAUUCAUUCUUGGGCAAGCAAGUAUCUUAUUCUUACAUUUUCUGUUUCAUGAGGAGUCCUUUAAAAGUCUUUAUGCUUUACAUUUCUAUUUUAUGGCUUGCGGUCACAUUUUCCUUUCAUAGGUGCUUCAUCUUUGUCUUUUUUACCUGAAACAAUAAUUCUGUAGGGUAAUAACAUGUAAUGAAAUUCUCUUUUAUUGAUAGAUGGGAAGUUGGCUGACUAGCUAUUGUAGAGUUUGAACCCUACUCUUGAACCAGAUCAAGGUUUUGAAGUCUGUUGAUACUAACUUGGCUAAGAUCAUGUUGGUGUUGGUGGAAUGGACAUUGUGGUAUUAUGGUUGACAUAGGAUAAGCCUCGUAAGAGGGUAUACCUAAUUUUAUUUGGACUACAUAUAACAAGCAAGGCAAUUCUUUGGUUAUAUGGAUUGUCAGUUGAUACAUUGAGUACUCAAAGUGUUUUUUUUUUGCUUGAAUUAAGAUAAAAUUGAGUGUCCAAUGUGUUUUAUAUUUGUUCCCACAGGGACAUUUUUUGUAUGGUAACCAAUAAUUUGUAGUGGCCAAUGUAUAACUAUACCAAGAGAAUCUGUGAUUUAUAUGUCAUCUCGAUUUUGGAUCCAACCCAACUUUGUUGAAAAUUUCAUAGCCAAUGUGCAUUGCAAAUGGGGAUUGUAUUAGGAUUUUGGCUUGUUUACGCCACAAGUCUUUGACCUAAAGCUCCAUGUGCUUGGAACCUUGGACUACCAAACCCCAAAUUCCCUUGGAAAGUCAGGGCAUGAUGCGAUGAGGAAUUAUGUAAGGUGCAAAUUGCAAAUGUGGCAUCAUUUGCUAUGUAUCAAAAUUUCAAAUUUGUAGAAAUACACACACACCAAAGGGAAUAAACUUUUAACGGUUUU